UGCAUGUUAAUGAAGUUAGUUAUUCAAAAUGGCGGCUCGUAUGGGUGUAGUCCGUGGGUGGAUACGCCGGUAGUAUUUUUUGGAGUUCCUCUUUUGAUUUAUCCUCGUUGCUUUUGAAUGUACGAUGACUUAAUUGAGAGAGUGAAGACGUCUUCCCUUCAGAUAGCUGAUUUCCUUUGAAUCCAUGUUUUGUGUGGAUGACAACCUGUAAUUCAGUGGAUAUCAACUGGAAGUGGAUGCUUGGUGUUCAGUGCAUCUGUGGAUACGACUUUUUGACAGAGAAGCUUCAGCUGAUCUUUAGUGGAUGGUGUAGACCAAGUGGAGAUACCCAACUGUCACGAUGGGGCGUCCUUCAGCAAGUUGGUUACUCAGGAGGAAGGACGAAAAAGAAACGGAGCGUUCCCUGAAGGCCAAUGACAGGGAGUAUAAUUCCCAGUUCAAAUAUGCGAACAAUUACAUCCGUACGUCCAAGUACAACAUCCUGACCUUCAUUCCCGUCAACCUGUUUGAACAGUUCCUCCGCAUUGCCAACUUCUACUUCCUCAUCUUGUUUAUUAUGCAGCUAAUUGGGCCCAUUUCUUCCUUGAAUCCCGUCACCACCGGUCUGCCUCUUGUCUUCGUGCUGGCAGUCACAGCCACCAAGGACGGGGUGGAUGACUUUCAACGACACAGAAGUGAUAGUGUAGUCAACAACAGAGAGACAGAUAUCCUGGUAGAAGAUGAGCGCAAAACGACACGCUGGCAGGAUGUCCAGGUUGGUGACAUCAUCAAAAUGAAGAACAAUGAGUUUGUUGCAGCUGAUCUCCUGCUCUUGUCGUCCAGUGAGCCGCAUAGCUUGGUGUACAUUGAGACAGCUGAACUGGAUGGGGAGACGAAUCUGAAAGUACGCCAGGCGUUGCCAGAGACAGCCCUGUUGGGUGAAGAUCAAGGCCGAUUCAAAGAUUUUAAAGCGGAAUUGAAAUGCGAGCCCCCAAAUAACAAGCUGGAUAGGUUUGAGGGGACCCUGACGUGGGAGGGGGAUACUUUCCCGCUAACCAACGAUCAGAUUCUACUGCGAGGUUGCCGUCUGCGCAACACCAAAUGGUGUUACGGCAUCGUCAUCUUCGCUGGCCGGGACACCAAGCUGAUGCAGAACAGCGGCAAGGCUAAGUUCAAGAGGACCAGCAUUGACAGGAUGGUCAACAAGCUGGUUCUGGCUAUUUUCGUCAUUCUGUUUGUGUUGUGUCUCAUCUGUGCCAUUGCCAGUUCUGUAUGGGAGGCCAACUACGGCAACGCAUUCCAGGCAUACCUUCCUUGGGAAUAUGAUGGUCCGGCACUCAUUGCAACGCUGGUGUUCUUCUCCUACAUCAUCGUCAUGAACACGCUGGUUCCCAUCUCGCUCUAUGUCACUAUCGAGUUGAUCCGCAUGUUUCAGAGUCUGUGGAUCUCUUGGGAUAAGGCCAUGUACUAUGCACCCAAGGACACCCCGGCUAAGGCCAGGUCUACCAACCUGAAUGAAGAGCUCGGACAAAUUCAGUAUGUGUUCACCGACAAAACUGGUACCCUGACACAGAACAUCAUGACAUUCAACAAGGCCUCCAUUGCCGGUAGGAAGUUUGGAGAACUCAAGGAUGAAAACGGUGAAGUGAUAGAGAUCACUGAUCAAACCCCCAUGGUUGAUUUCUCCAAGAACCCCAUGUACGAGCCCGACUUCAGAUUCUGCGACAACAGUCUGCUGACCGCCAUGGAGAAAGGGGACCGACACUGCUGGAUGUUCUUCCGCCUGCUGGCGCUGUGCCACACGGUCAUGCCUGAGAUUGUGGAAGACAAGUUGGAGUACCAGGCCCAGUCACCCGAUGAAGCUGCUCUCGUAUCUGCCGCAAGGAACUUUGGCUUCGUCUUUAAGUCAAGGACCCCAACCACCAUCACCGUAGAGGUGCAAGGCGAAGCAGACAAGUACGAACUGCUGCACAUUCUGGACUUCAACAACGUGCGCAAGCGCAUGUCGGUGGUGGUGCGGCAGGGCCACAAGAUCCGACUCUACUGCAAGGGUGCCGACAACGUCAUCAUGGCUCGGCUUGGGGAAGGCAGCGAACAGCUGAUUGACAUCACUAACCAGCAUCUGCAAGAUUUUGCCGGGGAAGGUCUGAGGACUCUCUGCCUGGCCAUGAAAGACAUCGACGAAGAUUACUACCAGGCAUGGAAGAGGAAACAUCAUGCCGCCGCCACCUCAUUGGAUGAUCGUGAAGCCAAGUUGGAUGAACUGUAUGAGGAAAUAGAGACCAACAUGAGCUUGCUGGGCGCCACGGCCAUUGAAGACAAACUACAAGACGGAGUACCAACUGCCAUUGAAAACCUUCACAAGGCUAACAUCAAGUUGUGGGUGCUGACGGGAGACAAGCUAGAGACAGCCAUCAACAUUGGUUAUUCCUGUAAGCUGCUGACAGAUCAGAUGAAUGAGAUGUUCACCAUCGAUGCAUCGGAGCAAAACUUGGCUGAACAACAGGUGAAGGACUGUCUAGAGAAGAUUCGGGACGUGAUGGGAAUCAAGGACAAGGAGGAGUUGAGGGCAGCCGCAGGAGACGGGGACGACAUCUCCUACAAGAGCAAAGAUGAAGAUGAGCUGAACGAUGUCUACAGCUUUGCUAUGGUUGUCACUGGCGCUGCCCUGGCAUUUGCACUAGGCAAUGAGGAGAUGGAGCAGAUCUUCCUGGCAGCAGCCUGCUACUGCAAGACAGUCAUCUGCUGCCGAGUCACCCCGUUACAGAAAGCCCAGGUCGUGGAUCUAGUCAAACGCUACAAGAAGGCGGUGACCUUAUCCAUAGGGGACGGAGCAAACGACGUCAGUAUGAUCAAAACCGCCCACAUCGGAGUUGGCAUCAGUGGUCAGGAAGGGAUGCAAGCCGUGCUAGCCAGCGACUUCAGCUUUGCACAGUUCAGGUUCCUGGAGCGUUUGUUGUUGGUGCACGGUCGCUGGUCCUACUACCGCAUGUGCAAGUUCCUCUCCUACUUCUUCUACAAGAACUUUGCGCAGACGGUCGGCCACUUCUGGUUUGCCUUCUUCUGUGGGUUUUCUGCCAUGACACUGUAUGAUGAAUGGUACAUCAGUGCGUAUAACAUUUUUUUCACCUCGUUGCCUGUGAUUGCUAUUGGAAUAUUUGACCAGGAUGUCAGUGACAAGAAGAGCAUUGAGUACCCAGAGCUAUACAAGCCGGGCCAGAAGAGCCUGUUCUUCAACUACUGGGUCUUCUCUAAGAGUCUACUGCAAGGCGUUCUUACCUCGCUGGUCCUGUUCUUCAUCACCUAUGGUGUCUUAGCUGGGGAUCUGUUCCCCGAUGGCAUGCCAGCCCAUUCCCAGUCAUUGAUGGGAUGCAUUAUAGCGACCAUGGUGGUUGUGGUCGUCAACCUAAAGAUUGCACUGGAUACAGCCUACUGGAACAUCAUCACUCACAUUGUCAUCUGGGCAAGUGUCAUCAUGUAUUUGAUCUUCAUCUUCCUGUUCUACAGCGAGCCUGUCUAUUCAGCCUUCCAAACCAUCUUCACCUACGUGGGCGUGCCUGUCAUGAUGUUCCGUCUCCCGGCCUUCUAUUUCUCACUCAUCCUGGUUGUAACCAUCCUGCUGCUGCCGCUGAUGGGUAAACGGGCCGUGCAGGCCGACGUCCAGCCCACGCUGGCUGACAAAGUCCGGCUGGAGCAGCGACAGGAGCGGCAGGAGCUCAAGAAGGCCCGCAAGAAGUCCCUGCAGCUCCGCGGGUUCCGGUCCCGGGGCUCGGUGCGAGACAGCGUGCGGUCCACCACGGGCCUCCAGCGAACCGGCAGCAAGCGACCUGCCAGCUCCCGGUCGGGCUACGCGUUCAGUCACCAGGAAGGCUUCGGGGAGAUCAUCCAGAAAGGCGUCAACAUGAGGAACGGGAAUGAAGCGGGGCAGGCAGCAGAGGGCAAGAACGUCCGCAAGGCUUCAAAGGACAAGAGGGCUCCCCAGGCUACGAUUGAGGAAAGCCCAGUGGUUUGACUAGAUGGUGGUCAAAGGUCGGGGGUCAGUCAACAGGACAUCAUUGAGCUUCCUGGUAGUGUAUUAUAACAAGGAAAAAAAACACUUAAAAGUUCAGUGUAUUUCAUUGCCAGUCGUAUCCAUUUUGAAAGCAGUUUCACAUCCAGGCAUUCCUCCAUCAAAGGGAGCAAGUUUCUAAUUCAAAUAUUUGUAAAUAUCUCCCACCCGAAGUCUUUGUAUUAAGGCCAGUUCAUACUUCUCGCGAAUGUGAGUGCAAAUUUGAAACAUUCACAUUCAGGAAACAUUCACAACAAAAUUUGUUGUCGUUGAAAUGUGUUCAACAUUUUGUAAAUUUGCAGCACGAAAAAGUUGCCGUUACGUCACAAACUUGAUAUCGUCUCAUUUGAGCUCGCCGAGUAUGAACUGGCUUGUAAAGUUUGUGACGGUGGUUGUGUCCUAGCCAAGUUUCACAUAGGAAGAUGAAAUGACACAAAUCUGAAUACUUGCAUACACCGAACUGUAUCAAAUGUCUAAUGCCUAAUUAUGUCUCACGCACUGUUUAAAUGUAUCGUAAAUUGAAUGUCAACAAUCACUGUGUUGUGCAUUGAAUUUUUUUUUGUUGGUUGUGUUCUGAUGUAAGGUAUGACAAUUAAAUGAAUGCAUUUCUCGUAAUUGAUAUUCUGAACAAAUUUUAUAACUGUUUUGAUGAUUUAAGUGUUCAUUUUUAUGUAGUUUUAGUGAUUUUUGUUUUUUAUUUUCAUCUUUAAAUGUCUUGUCAACAAUGUUAAAAAAAUAAUUUUAGAAAACAGUUUGGGUGGCUUUAUUUCGUGCACAUUUCAGAAUAUAAUAAAACAAUUCCGUUUUAAGAAUUUUCAUACAUAAUCAGGGACAAAAAUAGUAUCAAAAUCCAUUAUAAAAUUUGGAAAAACAUUCAUAAUUUUGUUAUCGUGGAAGAGAUUAUUUAGCUUGAAAAUGGUUUACAAAUAUGUGCAAACUUUAUGUACAAAAAUGUACCACAAAAAAUGUUGUCCAAACAGAAAACAGUACCUUGUAAAUUUUAAACAGUUCAGGCCUAUUGUUUUUAUUAUUGAAAGUGUAAUUAUCAAUCUGGGUAUGUACUUGUAGUUUUACUAAAUUGUUUUAUCAGUUUUUAAUACAAAGAUAGUUGGUAGAGUAUUACAUGUAGUUGGUAAUCAAUGUGUACAUAUUUUGAAGAUGCAUAUAAUUGUUUUUUAAGGAAAGAAGUAGACCUAUAGGUACCAU